AUGCCGACAUAUGAAGCCAGACAACUGAUUUUCACUGCCGGAGAUAUUUAUGCUGGAGUCAAGGAUUCGUCAUUUCCCAUGAUGCUCGCGAUGUCAUUUGGUGCUAGUAUAAGAUCACUUCAAUAUCAACAAGAAAUCCUGAGAUCGAUGACGUUAGGUUCCAAAGAUGGCUCGAGAACAAUCAAUGGUAUUGGCACUACCGGAGAAUAUCUGUUCAACAACACCGUUAGCAUUGUCACAUUCAUGAAAGAGGGAGCUGAGAAGAUACAGAAUAAAUAA